AUGGCCGAUACUGACGCACCAUCGUCUAGUAUUCCAACAACAUCAGGUCGUUCGAAUGCUCGACCGAAUGAACGCAGAGGUGGACGUUCUAAUCCUCGUCCACGUCAAGAAAAGGCCAAUCCUGAUGAUAAUCAAGUAGCUGGUCCGUCAAACCCACGCGGGGGACCGAACACAAGGAGAGGGAGCAAUCGCGGCCGAGCGCAACGGCGGAGUUAGUUUAAUUUUGGCAUAGCAAUAAUUACAAAUUUUCUGAUUCAGAUCCGUCGGAAAACAGUCAACAGAGACAACAUCCCAAUUUUCAAUUCAAUCCGAACGCGAUGCCGUUCAAUCCAGAACCAGUGCCCUCGUUCGACUCAUUUCCACGAGAUGAAUUCAACGGUGACAGACAGCGGCAGCAGAAUCAGAACGGAAGAACUUCUAACUCGAAGGGACGAGGUGAUCGGACGCGGAAUCCGCCUGAUUCUCAAGUCAUGGAGCUAUGCAGCCAAAACCAAAAUUCACAAAACUCAUCGCGACAGUUGAACAGGAGACCACAAACUUUAAACGCUAAUCAGAAUAGACCGGAGAAUCCGCGAAAUCAGAAUCAAAGAGGCAACCGCAGAGGUCGAGGCGGACGCCAUCGUGAUCAAAGAGAAGAUGCGCUGACGGAGGAAGAGACGAGAAUGCUGGCUGACAAGCCUCUGCGAGAACGUUUGAUUUACCAACUUCAGAACAAUAAGUAUGAGUGCCCCAUUUGCUACAACAAGAUUUUCGCGAGACAAGGUGUAUGGUCCUGCAAGACUUGCUAUCAAAUAUUCCACAUUUCGACCGGAUGUAUCACGGAUUGGGCAAAGUCCAGCAGAGACAAGGAGGGUGCUAACACGUGGAGAUGUCCGACGUGCCAAACAGAGAACGAAACUAUGCCGUACAACUACAACUGUUUCUGCGGACGCCAACGGAAUCCAACAUUUCGAGUGGGAGAGACGCCGCACAGUUGCGGAGACACCUGCGGAAGAUCGAGGAAGUUCGGAUGUCCUCAUCCGUGCACGGAGCUGUGCCAUCCGGGACCGUGCGUGGAGUGUCAGUUGUACACAACGCGAACGUGUAGCUGUGGAAAAAUAAGAAAGAGUGUCAGAUGUGGAACCGGUGAUGAAGUAAAAGUGAGUUGAAGCCAUUCAAUCCCAUUGUGAUAUUGUUUUGUUAUUCAGUGCGACCAAUCCUGUGGAAAACUGCUUUCUUGUGGCAUACACAACUGCGAAAAAGUGUGCCACACAGGAGACUGUGGAGAUUGCACGGUUGUUGCUGAACAGGAGUGUUUCUGUGGACGAGAACAUCGAGAAGUACCUUGUCAUCAAGGAAUCUCAGAAAAGUAUGUAUGUGGAACAGAAUGCGACAAAAUGUCCUUGUGCGGAGUUCACAAAUGCACCAAGAAAUGCCAUGAAAACGAGUGUGGAGAAUGCGAAAAAGGAGUGAACAAGAUCCGAACAUGUCCAUGUGGAAGGCACACUCUCCAGUCUCUCGGAGUGGUCAGAACAAAGUGCACGGAUAAAGUGCCGACUUGUGAUGCCGUCUGUGACAAGUGGCUCAGCUGUGGACCUCCCGGAGACAAUCAUAGAUGCCAGAUGAAGUGCCACGAGGGAUCGUGCCCGCCUUGCGCUCUCGACACAUUCGUCGUCUGUCGAUGCGGUUCUUCGAAGGGAAAAAUUCCUUGCGAUGAGUACCUGGAAGCAAUACAAAACAGUGAGUAGUUCAUGGUAUUUCGUACUGUAUAAACCCCUCUAUUCCAGCCGGUGAAUACCUUUGCACGAAGCGCUGCGGAAAGAAGAAGUCAUGCGGAAAGCACAAAUGUCAGGAGACUUGUUGCAUUCAAGACGAACACUUCUGCCUUCAGAUGUGCAACAAACGACUUUCUUGCGGCAUUCACACCUGCGAGAACGUGUGCCACAACGGAGUGUGCCGGCCGUGCCUCAACGCUAGCUUCGACGAGCAGUACUGUCACUGCGGAAGUUCAGUCCGAUACCCGCCGAUUCCCUGCGGAGCCCGUCUUCCAGUCUGUACGCAUCCUUGUGCUCGACCACACAGCUGCAAUCAUACGGUGACCCACAAGUGUCAUGGCGAACAAGGCUGCCCUCCGUGCACGCAACUCACUGAUAAAACGUGUUAUGGCGGACACACUGUUAGAAAGAACAUCCCAUGUCACAUAGAGUCUGUUUCCUGCGGAGUCGUGUGUCAGAAGAGGCUUCGAUGCGGUGUUCACGUCUGUCAGAGGAGUUGCCACGGAGAUGAGUGCGAGAAGGAAGGAGAGAAGUGUACCAAGAAGUGCGAAGUCAUUCGAGAGCUUUGCGAGCAUGCGUGUGCUCUCCCGUGUCACGAAGACUCUCCUUGCGAGCCCAGUCCCUGCAAAGCGGCCGUUCGUGCAACAUGCGAAUGCGGUCGAAUCAGAAAAGAAAUUCCAUGUUGCGAAAGUGAGAAGAUGAUUCAGAUGAGAAUUGAAAAGGAAGAAGAGAAAAGGAAAGAAGAAGGGGAAUCAUCAACUUUCGUGGAAGGUACUCUGAAGAGAUCUCACAGUUUUUCACAACUUAACUGUCUCAAAUGUGAUGAAGAGUGCAAGAAGGUAGAGAGAAAUAGGAAAGUGGCUGAAGCGCUCGAAGUGGAGACUGACGAGUACGGAAAUAACAAGUUGACACCGACGAUUUCGUUCCCAUGCUAUUUGAAAGAAAUGGUCAAGACGAGCUUCGACUUUGUUAAGGCUAUUGAGAAGACAUUCUGCGAACUUAUUUUGCUAAUUUUGAACGUAAGUUUCAAGUCAUUUCACAUCUUUGAAAACCGCCAACAGUUUAAGGCCGAGGCUUACAACGACGUCUCGCGCGCUCACCUUCCUCCCAUGAACAUUGAAAAACGACGAUUCGUGCACGAGUACGCCAACUAUUUCAAUAUCGUAACGGAAAGCGUGGACAGCCCACCGAAACGAAGCAUAGUGCUUACGGCGAUCCGUGGAAAGUCUCAUCAACCACUGGUUCUGAUCAGUGACCUGAUCAACUACAAGGGUGCUCUCAAGACGCCAGGUCCAGCAGUCAUUCGAAAGGAUUUGAUGGAGAAUGCGUUGAGCAAGAAGGAAGCAGAAGAAGGAACGAUGAAACCGUUGAGAUGCACCGAGAAAAUGGUGGUCAGAAGGGAGGCUCGUCCAGCCAAAGUGAUCGCUACUCCUAUUCCAAUCGAGCAACAGAACAGGUUUGCGUAUCUGGGAAGUGUCUUGGAAUCUGACGCUGAAGGCCCGAGCUCUUCGCAGAACAACGUUUUGGCAAGUGCUCCAGGAACAUCUCCUUCCAAAGACUGGUGGGAUGACGAAGAAAGUGGAUGGCAGACAGUGCAGCAGAAGGAGUAUGUCGUCGAAAUUGAACGGGAGUUGACCGAAGAGGAGAUUGCUGCAGCCCAACUGAAAGCGGAAGAGGAGCAGAAAGAGAAGGAUGGCCCCACUUGGGAAGAUCUGGAUGGAGAAGAGGUAGAAACGAUGGACCCCGUGAAAACGGAUUCCUCGGCUGAACCGGUCGAGAAGAAGGAUGAUUGA